AUGUCCAGAGCAACGUUUAUGAAUUUUGGGCGAUUAGCUAAUACAAACGUGUGUUCAAAAAACAGGGAAUGGAAACUCAUCAGUUUUAUGAAUGGCAAAGACAUUUUCUAUUCAACUAGUUGUCUUACAAAAAUAGCAAUAACACCCAAAUGUCUGUGUUCCAUACAUAUACGGACAUUUAUAAAUAUAUUUAAUACUGGAGAAAAUAACCAAAAAUUGUAUAGAGUGAAACAAUUGAUUGGGUAUUCUCCUGAGCAAAUGUUUGACGUGAUACAAGAUACAGAAAAUUACAAACAUUUUUUACCAUUUUGUCGAAAAUCCGUAGACCUAGUUAAAGGAAAGAAUCAUCGAAAAACUUAUUUAGAAAUCGGUAUUCCUCCUAUAAUAGAAAGUUAUGUAUCGCAUAUAACAUUUCAACGUCCUCAUAUGAUUAAAGCAGAAUGCCGUGAUGGAACAUUGUUUAAAUUUUUAAUAACUCAAUGGAAUUGUGAUCCUGGCUUAAAAGAGAAUCCAAAUACUACUAUUAUUACUUUUUUUGUGUCUUAUGAAUUUAAAUCACCUUUACAUUCAGCGGUUGCCAAUAGAUUUUUUAACGAAUUAGUUAAGCAAAUGGAACAGGCUUUUUUUUCUGAAGCUGGUAAGAGAUAUGGUAAACCUUGUAUAAAAGCCCAAAAACUUUAA